CGGAGAGCCAGAGGAGGGACUCUCUCCCCCGCCGGAGGAGGCUCACAUGACCGAGGCCAGCGAUGGACCGAGAAGAAGGGCCCGAAGCGAGCCCGGGAGGAGCCGCGGACUCCGGGGAGCCUCCGGCCAGCGACCCCAAAGACCUAGAGGAACCGCCGAUGCAGAAGCCCCCGGGAAGCCCCUUAGUGCUUCCCCACACUUUGCAAGAGCUGUUGAGCAAGGACACCGUCCAAGUGCAGCUCAUCCCGGAGAAAAGGGGGCUGUUUUUGAAGCACGUGGAAUAUGAAGUCUCCAGCAAGCGUUUUAGGUGCUCCGUUUACCGGCGGUAUAACGACUUUGUAGUUUUCCAUGAGAUGCUCCUUCAGAAGUUCCCCUACCGUAUGGUCCCUGGCCUGCCUCCCAAAAGGAUGUUAGGAGCUGACCGGGAAUUCAUCGAGACCAGACGCCGUGCCUUGAAGCGUUUCAUCAAUCUGGUGGCGCGACACCCUCCUUUUUCAGAAGAUGUGCUUCUCAAGUUCUUCCUCUCUUUCAGUGGGUCGGAUGUCCAGAACAAGCUGAGGGAGCUGGUCCAAGGUGUGGGAGAUGAAUUCAUGACCUGCAAGUUCGCAAUGCAGGCCAAGGGGAAACAGGAAGAGAACGACGUGGUGGAGAAGCUCAACCUUUUCCUGGACUUGCUGCAGUCUUAUAAAAUGAGCAAAGUCUGGAACGAACUGAAGCCCAAGCUGAGCUGCCUCUUUGCGGGAAGCAGCGACGUGUUGAUGCUCCCCUUGUCUGCCCAAGAGGACCAUCUCCUUCCCAGUUAAUGUUUCUGGGAUUGAGGAUGGGAGGAGCUGGAAAGAACGGGGCUGCCCCUUAAUGACACUUAAGCACACCUGUCCAGGUAUUCUUCUCUUGGCAAAUCCCAGCUUUGCCUCCCACAGCCUGAUUUGAGGAGGGGGGGGGGCGGUUUCUCCACAAUCUCCAAUAUGUAGAGAUGUGAUAUUUUCCCCCCCAAAGACUCUUUUUCGUGUGUUGUCAUUUUUAACGUCGACUGUGAAGGCUCAAGAACAGCCCUUUGGGAAGGAUGGGGGGGGGUCUGCCCCCUUGUCAAAAGAGACCCACUCUACUCCAGGAAAAAAGCCCAUAAUUCCAUGGGGAGUUAAGGCCGGGCAGCAAAUAUAUGUGCCCUCGAUCAAAAGGGGAUUAGAGUUUCCUUAAACAGCAUUCUGAGCGAAGCGACCAUCGUGAGUGUUUUUCUUUCUUUCUUAUUCUGUUUCGGGAAGCCAGAUGUUUCAGUGGAACAGAAGCGUAACUUUAGGGACACGACCCGUAGUGGCCAAAAUUGUGGAGACUUUUUGGGGAAAAGUGUACAGUAUUUUUGAGGUUUGAUGGCUAACAACAACACU